AUGGACAAUCCUCAUGACUAUCUUAUUACAAGCCGUCCUCCUUCGCGGCCCGUCGAUCCUGACAAUGCCGAUAGCUGGGUUAUGCUCAAUCAGGGCGGCUUCGUCAAGCUUGGCAAUGAACGCAUCUUGAUGAAGCUCGAAUCGAGAAUCUCAUGCGACCUGUCUGUGCCCCAGGAGCUGAGAGCACGAUGUGCCUCGUUUCAACGGAAGAGUGAUAAAGGCACCCUUUUCCUGACCAACAAGAGAAUCGUUUAUCUUCCUUUAAAACCUACUCAAGAACCAAAAUUUGAAUCGUUCAGUGCUCCGAUCCUGAAGUUUCAAGAUUCCACCACCUCAUCAUCCAUGUGGUGGGGAUGGGUGUGGAAAUCAGAUUGUAUUCCUGUAUCCGGUGGUGGCAUUCCUCCAGAUAUUCCUCGGCUUGAGGUCAAGUUCACAUUUUCAGAUGGGGGCAUGAUGGAUUUCAACGAAGCCUACAUAAGGCUCCGGGAGCGACUUUACCAGUAUCAAGAGAUGCGCCGGGAGAUGGGCCCCGGUGCUGAUGUCCCCGAUGAGCCUCUUCCAGCAUAUGAAGCUCCUUCUGCCCAGCCAGCACCUACUACAAAUUCGGCAGAUGUACGCCCUAAUCGCUCAGAGAGCGCCGCUAGUAGGAGAGCACCGGACGAACCACCACCAGAUUAUGACGAGGCUCAGGCGCAGCAGUUGAAUAUUCGAUUGGAGGACCACAUUCGGGGUGAAAUCGAUAGGGGAGCAUACGAAAAUGAUGAUUAA